UUUGGGUGUUAUGUAUAAUAGUCAUUUUUAUGGCUACUGCAGAGACAAAACAUGUAAUAUCUCGUACCAAAAAUAUGAGCACACAGCAUCAAUUGAAGUCUACAAAAGCUACUACAGGUCAUAAACAGCAUCACGUAGGAUCAGGAGAAGUACUAGAGGGAAAUGGUACAGUCUGUGAUACAGAGGAAUGCGUCAAAGUAGCCAAAAUAAUCCAAAGUUCGAUUGACGCGAAAGUUGAUCCAUGCGACGACUUCUUUACAUUCUCUUGUGGGAACUGGAUAAAAAGCCAUCCCAUUCCUAAGAGCUACAACGAUUAUUCUACUUUUACGAGACUUUCGAUGGUAAUAGAAGGAGAGUUAAGGGAAUUAUUAGAGAAACCUUCGUCGUUGGAUGAUCUUUCUGAGAAUGAAGCUUUGAGAAAAGCAAAAUACUUCUACAAGUCGUGUAUGAAUACGGAUUUAAUCGAGAAGCAAGGAGCCAAACCUAUGAACGAUUUCAUUCGAGAAAUAGGGUCAUGGAGCAUUUGCAGCGAUGGAAGUUGGAAUAAAUCGGAAUGGAAUAUCUAUCGUAGGUUGAAGAAACUCCAACGAGAGUACUAUCCGGCCUCGCCUUUCUUCUCAGUCGAGGUGACGAACGACCAUCUGAAUUCUACGAAGCAUCUUAUCAAGAUUGACCAAUCAGGCUUAAGUCUACAAAGAGAAAUAUACUUCAAGCAUCCUGAGAUGGUAGACACGUAUGUAGAAUACAUGGCAAAGGUUGCCAAGCUGUUGGGAACCAAAUGCAAUGCGACAAAGAAAAUGAGGGAAAUCAUGGACUUUGAGACCAAAUUGGCAAAGAUUACAACAUCAGCAGAAGACAAGGCUGGUGGAAUCUACAGAAGGAUGAAACUAGAAAGUCUAACUAAACUCGUACCGGGGUUUCCAUGGCUGAAGCACAUACAGUACAUUUUUAAGGGCGCUCAUGUCACUUCUACAGACGUUGUCUUGGCAACCUCCACUGACUAUCUUCGAGACAUGUCAGCCAUAAUCAACGAAACGUCAAAAGAGAUGUUGUCUAACUACGUUGUGUGGCAGAUGAUUAGAGACAAGGUCAAUCUAUUAUCAAAGCCGUUCCGUCAAGCGAGAGCAGAGUUCAAUCGCAAGAUAUCAGGGGUACACGACACGGAUCCAAGAUGGCGGACCUGUACGAGCAUCACCAAUGAAAACCUGGGGGUCCCCCUGGGGACUUUGUACAUCAAAAACUUUUUUCAUGAAAGUAGUGUAUCUAAGACCGAAAAAAUGAUCCAAGAAAUCAAGGAUAUUUUUAAAGACAGAGUUAAGAAACAUAAAUGGAUAGAUGACAACACCACAAAGUAUGUCUUCCAGAAGGCUGACGCUUUGCGCAGCAAGAUUGGUUAUGCAAGCUACAUCCUCAGACCGAUGCUCCUGAAGAAAAGAUUUGAAAACUUGAAAGUGGACAAGAAAUCGUUCUUCAAGAACAACGUCAACGUGGACCGAUGGGUUCGUAAACGCCUCACCAAGAAGCUGCGCAAAAUCGUUGAUAAAGAAAAAUGGCCCAUGUUUCCCCAGACUAUCAACGCAAUGUACCAGUUUUACGAGAACGAAAUAGGUAAAAAAAUUUAAUUUUUAAUUUUCUCAAUUCGGGAUUUAUAGGUACGAGUGAAAAAAGCCCCAUCUUUGAGUUAUGGUGCUAUUGGUUCUAUUAUUGGUCACGAGAUGACGCAUGGCUUCGACAAUACAGGUAGAAAAUUUGACAAAAAUGGCGACAUAGUAAAGGAAUGGUGGAGCAAAUCAGCAUUACAGGAUUUCAACGAGAAAGCCAAGUGCAUCGAAGAACAGUACUCCAAGUAUAAGAUACAGGGCAAAUACCCGUUGAGUGGAAUCGUGACAUUAGGGGAAAACAUAGCCGACAAUGGAGGAACCAAACUCUCAUAUCACGCUUAUCACAAGUGGCUGAAGGAAAAUGGCGGACAGGAGCCUGUGUUACCAGGCCUUAAAUACAACAACGAGCAACUGUUUUUUAUUGGAUACGCGCAGGAAUAUUGCAGCCAUACUAGACGUAAGACUGAGUAUAUAGCAAGUCUGAGUGAGAUCCAUUCGCCUCCUAAAUUCAGAGUGAUAGGAACAUUAUCGAACAUCAAAGAAUUCUCCGACGCAUUUAAAUGUCCUACCGGAAGCACCAUGAAUCCGAAGAAAAAAUGCGAAGUGUGGUAACAGUGCGGGCAGAUUCUACCUAUAGAUUAUGGCAGUUCUUUGCAGUUUUGUUCACCACCAAAUAAACCUCUUACUUUGGGGAUAAUCUUUUCCCAUUCCAGAACACGUGUCAUUUUCUAG